AGACGUUGAUGAGAGCCCUUGAACAGCUUAACUACUUAGGGGCAUUAGAUGAUGAGGGAGAAUUAACACAGAAGGGACACUUCAUGUCUGAAUUUCCUGUAGAUCCUCAGCUAGCCAAAGUGUUAAUUGAGUCCCCAAACUAUUGCUGCUCUAGCGAAAUACUAACCAUUGCAGCUAUGCUUUCGGUACCCUACUGUUUUUUAAGGCCAAAAGUGAAAGGUAAAGAAGCGGACGAAAUGAAAACGAGAUUCUCACACCUAGAUGGAGAUCACCUAACUCUUAUGAAUGUGUUCCAUGCUUUUGUCAACUAUAACCGAAUGGAUAUAAAUGCUUCGAAAAAAUUCUGUUAUGAUUAUUUCUUAAAUCAUCGAGCUAUGACAUCUGCCCAAAAUGUUAGAAAUCAACUAAUCAGGACAAUGGAAAAGAUGGACUUAAAAAUUGUGUCCAUGAACCCAUCCAAUCCUGACUACUAUGUCAAUAUAAGGAAGGCCCUUCUCAGCGGGUUCUACCAACAAGUGGCCUACAAAACUAGCAAAGGGUACUACAUCACUGUGAAGGAUAUUCAAAUUGUCACUCUGCACCCUUCAACGGUCUUUCAAGUAAACCCUGAAUGGGUCAUGUAUCACGAACUUAUAUUAACCACAAAAAAUUUUAUUAGGACAGUCACCAAAAUUGAUGGGAAGUGGCUGCUUGAGAUUGCUAGAAGCUAUUAUGAUUUGGAGGACCUACCAAACAGCGAGGCAAAGAAUGCAUUACGCAUGAUUCUUAGGAAGUCCU